AUGCUCCCUGUUCUUGCCAUUGUGGUGCAGGCAUCUGACGUGACCGUGAACUUCAGCACACGCGCCAUCACAGCCACUGCGGAUGUGGACUACACUCACACCGCCGGGUCGUUUGUCAUCAAACGUGAAAACUGGAACGCGCCCAGCUCCAUAGCCGUGCCCAUUUUACCAGACAGGCGUUUUGAGGGGGACGAGACGUUUGCGAUCGACGUUCUGGCGCCGCUGCCUUCCGGUCUGCUGCUGGACACCAACGCCUCAAGCACGAUUGUCACCAUCAAAAACACAUUGGUGAGUGGAGAGUGA